AUGGACACGCAUGCCUACAGAGACGUAGGAGGAGUUUGGAUGCACAAGUUCUUCCACGAGGACAACAUUCGAGCAUCCAUGCAAUUUUUGCCGCGCCCGGAUGACGUCAUCGUUGCUACGUUUCCCAAGUGCGGUACGAAGUGGAUGCAGUAUAUUGUGUGCAGCAUACUGACAAGCGGUACCCCACCGUCCAGCCCCGCGGAAUUCAUGCUAGCUUCUCCCUACCUCGAGAUGAUGGGCAUUGACGCCGCGCAGAGGACACCCAAACCAUUGGCACUGAUGACCCAUCUGCCAUUCGACAAGCUGACGUUCUCGGAGCAAGCCAAGUACAUAUACGUCGCAAGGAACCCGUAUGAUUGCUGCCUGUCGUUUUAUUAUUUCGCCAAGGGCUUGACCCCUAAGGCUUGCGAAGACGUUUCAUUCGAAAAAUUUCUGCAAAUGUUCCUGAAAGGGAAGACAUUCUACGGGGACUACUUCGAUCACCUGCUGUCCUGGUACAAUCGCAGACACCUGAGCAACUUGCUCUUCCUCACCUACGAAGACCUAAAGAAAGACACGAGGUCGUCGGUGCUCCGCGUGGCGGACUUCCUGGGGACGCAACACGGACAGCUCCUGAAGAGUAACAAUGCCAUCUUGCAGAAAGUAAUGCAGGCCUGUUCCCUGCAGAACAUGAAGGGAGUGUUCGGAGGUAAGCCCCGGUCUGGCAUCAAAGAUAUCUUGGCAUUGGCGCCGGAGGAGCAGCAAGAGCAGGUCCAGAGGAUGAAGGCCAGGAUUGCAGAAAAGACGGCCGGUAGUGACAUCAUGCACCUGUGGGGAGACAUCGAACUGCCGUAUUAG